UGCUGAUCAAGUCUGAGCAGCUGUUGCGCAUUGAAGACCAUGACUUCACGAUGAGACCAGGCUUUGGAGGUUCAGCCAUUCCUGUGGGCAUAGAUGUGCAGGUUGAGAGCAUCGACAGCAUCUCAGAAGUCAACAUGCAGCAACAAGAGCCGCACGUUUGAUGCACGGCUGGUGAAGAAGAUCUGGGUUCCCGAUGUCUUCUUUGUUCAUUCCAAACGCUCCUUCAUCCAUGACACAACCAUGGAGAACAUCAUGCUCAGAGUUUACCCUGAUGGAAACAUCCUCUACAGCGUCAGAGUCACGGUCACUGCCCUAUGUUCCAUGGACUUUAGCAGGUUUCCUCUGGACACUCAGAACUGUUCUCUGGAGCUGGAGAGUUACGCAUACAAUGAGAAAGACUUAAUGCUCUACUGGAAGAAUGGAAAUGAUUCAUUAAGGACUGAUGAGAUUGUGCUCUCUCAGUUUUUUAUUGAAGAGUUCAACCCUUCCUAUGGGCUUUCAUUCUACAGCAGUACAGGCUGGUAUAACAGGCUGUAUAUAAAUUUCCUGCUCAGGAGGCACAUCUUCUUCUUCAUGCUGCAGACAUAUUUCCCCACCAUGUUGAUGGUAAUGCUCUCCUGGGUGUCCUUCUGGAUUGACAGGAGGGCCGUACCUGCCCGUGUCUCACUAGGUAUCACCACUGUGCUGACUAUGUCCACCAUCAUCACUGGUGUGUCCGCCUCCAUGCCCCAGGUGUCCUAUGUCAAAGCUGUGGACAUCUACCUGUGGACCAGUUUCCUCUUUGUCUUCUUGUCUGUCAUCGAGUACGCUGCCGUCAAUUACUUCACCACCGUCGAGGAGAUGAAGAAGCUCACAGGGGGAAAGCUCCCUGCCUCCUUCAAUGCCACGCAAGCCAUGGCCUUUGAUGGCUGCUUCCACGACAAUGAUAUCGACCUCCCCUCCUUCCCCGAGAUUCCCAACCCCGAUUGUGACCGACGGCCGCCCCCCCGCAGCGCGGCUGAGCCCCCGCCAACGGAGGGCACUAGGCUGUGCCGCAAACGAUCCUUCAGAAGCAAGAUCAACUUUGUCAUGAGCAACAGCUACAUGAUCGACUCCUACUCGCGUAUCCUCUUCCCCCUGGCCUACCUGCUCUUCAACAUCAUCUACUGGAGCAUGUACUCUUAGACAAGGGUAAUCACAGUAAGGGCCACACUGGCACUCACAAAAACAGAACCAGUUUUCAUAAGAAUGGCAUGCACAGCCCUGGUAGUUAUAAUCACAGAAGAGGUACCCAUAAACCCAGAAUCAGUAAUCAUAAAGCCAGAAGUGGUAUUCUUAACCCAAAAUCAUAAAUCAAGAAGACAGUAGUACUUCUUACAAACACAGCACCUGUACUCAGAUGCAUAACUGAUGCUCAUUAAUACAGUGCAAGUACUUAUAAAGACACCACUGGUUCUCAAAAAUACAACAGCGUUACUCAUAAAUAGAGCACAAGUACUCAGCUGCUCAGAAUACCACUAGGGUUUCACUUGAUAAAGAGUCCAUAUAUGUUCUUGAUGGAUCCCCACUGCAGAAAGGGAAAUAAAGGGUCCAAACUUUUUUUCCUGCUCAUUGCAUAUUUUGUGGAGCAACAGAUAUUAUACAAUAAAUAUUAUCUGAU